AUGGCAACUUCGAUUAUCUCACUUUUAAGUUUCUCGACUGCUCACAAUAGUUUCGAACAGGAUAACAACAAUCUCAACUCAUCCAUUGUCGAACAACAGAGCAUUCCACAACUUCGAAUUCGCACAAACUCGGUCUCUAUCCACGAUAAUAAUAGCCCAAUUGGUAGCAUGAGCUCUAGUCCACCACUUUCAAUGUCUCCUAAAUCACACGCUGCAGCAGAAGGAGCAUUAUCUUCACCAUACUUGCAUAGACGUUACACAAUCUCUUUACCAUCCUCACCGCCAUUGGCAGAUAAUCGUGAUGAGAAGAAACACAAUUCUCCUGGAUCUAUUGCUUAUCGUAUUCCUACCGCGCGAUUCUGGGAAAUUGGUGCUCGAGAAGAUUCAUCUGUUCAAGUUGCAAUGGAAAACGUACAAUUUGGCUUGUAA